AUGCUCUUCCAGACUAACAAGCUCCAGCGUGGCCUCAGCGCCGUGUUCAUUGCCACUGCCACGGUGGCAGUCCUCCUCGUCUCCUUGAUUCCCAGCGUGAAUGGGCAAGGAACCCAAGUCGCCAACUGCUACCGCACGGGAGACUGCACGGGUGCAAACAAACCCGUGUACCUCGAAACGUCUGACUGCAGUAUGUUCUUCCAGCAGCACCAGCAUUGCGCCCAACUACGCGAAUACGUGGGUGCAGCCAUGGCAGCCUUGCUCACCACCACGGCCGUAGCGCUCGUCCUGUUCGCCUUCGCACCUACCGUCAACACAGCAGGAGAGGCAGCCGACUGCUUUCAGAAGGCAGGCUGCACGGGCGAUUCUAAGCCUUUGUACGUCCAGGCUCGCCCUUACGGCCUGGCCAUUUGUGGAUCGGUCAAGAAUGUACAGCGCGGCGACCUGUCGAUCGGAACUGAUGGGUGCAAGAAAGUUGACAACCUGAAGUCUGGGGCCUGCAAGAGUGGAGAUAAGUUGGUACUCUGCACCACGAAAUGAGGCGGGCUGGAGCGAGGUGCUUUCCAGCCUCAUCUGCGCCGAAGUUAGACCGUCUGAGUCGGAGAGAUGGGCGGAGGAAAGGACGAGGAUGGUGCUUGCCCCUACACUCCUGCUGGCUUGCUCGACCCGAAUGCUAUUGAUUCAUGCGGCGCUGCAGAGCGAGCUGAGAAUUGUCGUUGAUGCGAAAGAGGUAA